GUUUCCCUUUCUCCGGGCGUCAGUUUUCCAGCUCCUAUCCCCCUUUUCAGUAUUUUCUCUCGAGGAGAUGGGGGACGCAUACUGGAACCGACAGGCGGCUUUGCAUCAAUCACCAGGAUUACUCAAACGACCUCGUUCCGACUAUGAGGUUACCCCAGCAUUGCCAAUGUCUCACGAAAUGCCAAAUUACUUUGGACGGGAUGAUGACCGCGGCAUGCCUCAGCUAAAGGAUACACAGACAAUUGGAUCAGCAUAUGAUCGUUAUCUUCAAAGUUCGCAUGCGCCUUCUUUCUCUACUGGAGAGGCUAGUAACUACAAAGGAGCUGGGUUUAGAAGAGCAGAAGGAGGUGACGUCAUGACAGCACAUGAUCCUGUUGCAAUGGCUCACGGUGCUUUUGGACCAGAACUCGUAACUAAUGGUAGAAGUAUGAAAUAUGCUGGCCAUAUGCCGAUGGAUGCAAUGGGGAGACCUCGUGAUACACUACCCUUGCCUCCUGAUGCGUCAAACACAAUAUAUGUUGAGGGACUUCCUCCUGACUGCACUAGAAGAGAAGUUGCACAUAUAUUUCGCCCAUUUGUUGGCUACAAAGAAGUCAGACUGGUUAAGAAGGAGUCCAAACAUGUACGUCGCUCAUCAUUUUCUUUCUUUGCACUCUAUGUAAUUAUUUUGGUGAGGAGAAGAGGCGGGGAAGAAGAGGGAGAGGAAGAUCCAAAUAGACGUGGAUUAGAGGAGUCAGGAGUGAUAUGCUUCUUCUUGGGUUGGAUGAGAGUAUGUUUUUGGGGAGAGCAAAGUGGAAGGUGGGUUUUCGUGUGGCAGAGUGAUCUCUUAUAAUAUUUUUUCCUUUAUCUUCUUUAUCUUUCUUAUGUUUUUUAUCCUUUUAUCUUUUUAUUAUAUACUCCCUCCGUCCCGAAUUGAAUUGCAAAAGUUGACCGGCACAAGGAUGAAGAAAGGAUAGAAUUUGAUAUUUACUUUGCUAUUUUUCCCUUCUUCGUACAAAGUACUCCACAGUAAACAAAACAAAAAUUGGGAAAUAAAAAUUUGCAGAGCAAUUAUAAUAUUUGUCAGGCGUGCAUACUGUACACCCUUCUUCCUCUAUGGUUAUCGGAGAAAAGGGAAACAGGAGUCGGAGCUGGAUGUUGGCAUCUGGUCUUUGUCCAACUACAACCUUUCCAGUGCUCGAUAGAGACCUCACGCCUUCAACCGACUGACCGUUGUCCGCUUGCGCUUCAAUGGUUUGACUUGCUUCGCAAGCACCGGUUCAACGAGGACGACGACAACUCAUCUGGUUAGACCCACUUCAACGACGACCUUCCUCCAGGAUUGUCGGAUCUGUGGAUUUUUCUGGUAGUGAACCUUGGGAAGAGCCGUUACAGAUGGAUCUGGCAAGGGAGGUUUGGGGUCGACUCUUCCCCUAAGCCGGAGCUGAUGGACUAAGCUGGAACCCUCUUCUUUUGUCUGGCUUCAUCUUCAAAAGGGAAAAAAAAUCUUACCAUGGAGGAGGUGGGAGACUGCAUUUUACAGAGACGAUGUUGUUUCCGAUGGGAAUAUUAGGAGGGAGUGGGUGAAAGUGAUGGGUGAUAAAAAAAUGGGUUGUAGUCAUCAUCCGUAUAUUUUGGAUGGGUGUGGCGGAAGGUUAGAAGGGUGAGAAGAAGGGCAAACUUGUCAAUUUAUUCAUAUUUGUAUACUUAAAAAGGAAAGUGGAAAAUCAAUUCGGGACAACACACAACGUGAAGGACAUGUUUACUUGACAGGUUACUAAACGGUGCUUAUUAAGACUCGCGUUAAUAAGCGACACAUAAAAUAAGCAGUCUUUGUUAGAGACCUAACUAGUUUCAGAGUAAUUCAAGAAAAUAGAUGAAGAAGAGAAGAAUUGCGUAACAAUGGCAGUAUUCGUAUAACAGAAAAGAGAGAGAAUUACAAGAGGCAGUUUAAAGAGAGCCACUCUCCAAGUCCCAAGUCCCAGCCCAAAUGAAACAAUACAAGCCUGCCUUAUUCUGUUAUUAGCUAUCUAUUUAUAGAACCCCCCUUUCCGUUUCCCCACAUACAAUUCCAG